AUGCUACAAUUUUAUCGGCGUAUCACAAAAGUGCAUGUGGUACAUAGUUCCUGUAUCUCUAAAACGGACAUUAAUGCGCUAGUGUACGGGAAGUUAGAAGCGUUGCAGGGAAAAGGCCGAGAUGGCCGUUCUCAAGUUUCUCUCCGGUAGAACACAAGACAACAAAAGCGAUGAAUAACGAAAUGUUUCAACGAAAACGAUCUAUUUGAGAUUUAAUCGGCGGUAGAGGCGAAAAGAAUACAUAAAUUAUUGACAGUUUACUCGCAUUUCUUACGCCACAGUAAAAGCGUUGAAGAUAAAACGUUAAUACAAUACAAAAACGGAAGAUCGAGCGCGAGUAUUGAAUCUUGCAGAUAUAUGCUUACGUCGACGUUGCAGUAAUUCCAAGUAAUUCUUGACGGUCAAACGCAUUCGUUGAUCUGCAUGUGUCAUCCAGAAUAAUGAUUCCUUGUUAUAUAAAUUACACAUAAGGAAAUGCUAUGGUGAAGAAAAAGUGUAUGAAAUUCUUUCAAUCUUUUGCAACGGAUGGUGGCACUCGAAAAUGACUGACUCUACCUCUGCCGCUUCUUCUUUUGUCAGAAUAAUCGGCAACAUAGUGACUUUACUGAAAUGUGUUGUGCGGACGGCAUUUGUGAUAGUAAACAAUGUCUAUUGCAUACCUACGUAUGUAGUAUGGAUGAUGUUAUUGUUUCCUGUAAAAAUAUAUCAACCUCAAGUGUACUGGCGAAUCGAAGGCCUAUUUUUCCACUGGUUAUUGGCAAUGGUAUCAAUGUGGACUUGGUCUGCAGGUUACGACAUAAUAGAGCAAGGUGAUGACAUACAGAAAAUUAUAAGUGAAAAAACAUUAGUUAUAGCGAAUCAUCAGAGCACUGGUGAUGUUCCUAUAUUAAUGACAACAUUUAACGCCAAACCAAAUGUUCUACCUAAUUUAAUGUGGAUAAUGGAUAGAGUGUUCAAAUUUACUAAUUUUGGGAUAGUUUCUAUAUUGCAUCAAGAUUUUUUCAUUAUAUCGGGACGUAAACGAAGGGAAGAAAGUUUAAAACAAUUACAAAAACAUCUCAAAGAUUCAUACAUACCACGAGAUAGAAAAUGGAUGGUACUUUUCCCGGAAGGAGGCUUUUUGUGUAAAAGACGAGAGACCUCGCAAAAAUAUGCUAAGAAGAAUAACCUGCCUAUUCUUGAGAAUGUGACUUUACCAAGAGUAGGAGCUAUGCAGAUGAUUUUCGAUACCCUUGGACCAGCAGGGAAUAGGAAUGCAGAGGAUCAACACCUGAAUAGUCGACCAAGUUUGACGGUAGUUAAUCCCGAAAUUAGUUGGGUUCUUGAUAUAACAAUAGCGUAUCCUCAAGGUAAGCCGCUUGACUUGCCUACUAUUAUAACUGGUUCAAGACCUCCGUGUGAGACGGUAUUAUUUUAUCGACUUUUCCCUAGUUCAGUGGUACCUCGCGAACCAGAACAAUUAUCCAGAUGGUUAUAUGAUAGAUGGGUAGAGAAAGAGGUACUAUUGGAACAUUUUUAUAAACAUGGAUCAUUUCUUGGCACAAACGGAGGAAGUACCAAAGUACAUCAGGAUCCAUUAAGAUUCCUAGUCCUUCAUUUAUUCUUUAUAACGUCUAGUUAUAUACAUUAUAGCAUGCUUACGUAUGUACUAUCUUGCUUUUGGUAAGAUGUUUUUAUAUUAUGUGCGACGCACGAUGGUCCAAGAAAGAAAUCACAGUAACGAAGUAAGAUAUCCUUGCCUUAAAUAACCAUUUUCAUGUUUAUGAAAAUAAUUCUAAUAAAAAUGUAGAUUAUAUUAAAUUCGACAGUAUA